UUCUACUUCUAGUUCUUUUUCAGUGUACUUCUACCCAUAACUCCUAAUAAAAUGUACCCGGACCCAUGAAGCCUGUUGGGGAAAGAUAGAGUGUAUAAGAGACUAGGAGAAGAGAGUCAGUUUAAAGAUAACUCAUGAGCAACAUAUGUGAAUCCGUCACUACAUUAUAGUGUAGUACCAGGAGCGAAGAUAAACACUAAACCCGUCCCUCUCACUGUUCUAUCCACCCCCCGGAGCUAGUUCUCUCAUCCUGAACCUGAAAAGAUUUUAUUAACUAUUGUGACAAGGACGAGAAAGAGAUGAGAGAUAAACAGUUUUUUCUUAUCCGUCCCAGCUCAGCGUGUGAACAUUAAACAAGAAUAUAUUCAAUAAACAUUUUGUUUCUGUGAAAUUUUUCUGUGAUACCAUGUCAGAGAUUGAAAAGGACACCCUGCAAUGUCUUGCCAAAAAGAGAAGCCGGGGCCCUGGAGGAAGACGACUUCCAUCAACUAAAAUAAAAAAGAUUGAGGAGAACUUGCUGAAAAGAUCCAGUGAUUCCAACGAUAAUUUGGUUUUAGAUGCGCCAGCAGAUAGAAACCUUGAUCCGUCCUUAAUCUUUGGCAAGGAUUUGUUAGAUGCUGAGGUUCAGGGAAGAGUAAACCAUCAAGAAUUCGAUAAAAUUUGGUUUAUCAGGGUUCCGUCUAUUCAAGAUGAUUCUAGUCACAACCUUUCAUCCUCUCCUCCCCCACCCUCUACCUCAUCGUCGAAACCUAACCUCCCAGCUUCUCCAACUACCCUGGAGCCAUCCAACCCGCCCAGCCCGUCUCUCCAGGGUAGAACGGAGAAUGUUGAAACCGAAUCCGACCAAACACAAAUGUCUCUGAAAGAUUUCAAAUCUAGCAGAAAGUUAAGAUGGCAGCGCGGGAAAUGCACUAUUUUGUAAAUACAUUUUUAUAUAAUAUUAUAUCAAACAGUCGUC